AUGGAGGCUCUCCUCCAGAGUGGUCUGUCGAACAAGGCAAGACCGCCUCCCGCAGAUCAUUUUGCGACCCCGGCGGCGCGGCCAACCAUGACAGCCCUUGAGAAAGAUAUGUCGAACCUUGUUGUAGGUGAUACCGGAGAACAAAAGUACAUUGGUAAGCCGUCAACCCGAUUCCACCAUGAAGAUGGGUCUUCUCACGCGUGUCAUGUCAUGGCCAGGGCCUUCGUCUGGGUUCAGCGUGUUUUCCCCGCGUUCACUAGCUUGGGAUUCUUCUCAACCUUUAACAAGAUCUAUCCACUCUUCCGCCGAGAUACCUUUCAAGUUCUCUUUGACCGCCAAUAUUCGGCCGAAAGCCACCAACAAGGAUCCUCUUUUGCCGCUCUAAAUAUCGUUCUUGCAAUUGGGUGCUACAUGACACCGGAAUCAUCCCGAGCGAAUAUUCAGAUGGUCGACCCGUCCAGCACCGAGAGCCUGACCGAUAUGUCCUGGAGAUUCUUUCAGAAUGCGUAUUCAAUGUUCUUCAACAUACUGUUCCUCCAGUUCGAUCUUCUGUCAGUGCAAACAUUGAUCGCGAUGGCCUUCUUUCUGCAAGCAACAUUCAAUGGUGAAGGAUCCUUUUUGCUGGUCGGAGCUGCCGCUCGCAUCGCCACAUCCCUGGGCCUCCACAGGAAGCUGGACGGCUUCGGACUUGGGCAGGCGGAACUCGAACAGCGACAGCGAGUCUUUUGGAUUCUGUAUGUCUUUGAAAAAGAUUUCUGCAUGCGGAUUGGCAGGCCUUCUGCCAUCGAUGACUGUGAUGUUGGCUUAAGCCUUCCGACGGAACCGUGCGACGAGGAGAUUGCCGUUUCGAUCGCGUCUCGUGGCGAGACCGUCACUUUCUAUCCAUUCCGACACAUGUGUGCCUUCGCUGUCAUACAAAGCAAGGUCUAUCGCGAGCUAUAUGCCGUCCAUUCGCGGAUCGGCACAACCAGCGAGAGGCUCGAGUCGAUAAGCAAACUCGACGCCGAGCUUCAGCGAUGGAAAGAGCAAAUACCACUGGACGCCAGACCAGAGCAUCCGAUUGUUUGCGAGAAGGGCAGUGAAUUUGCCAUUGUCAUUCUCCACAUCAACUACUAUCACUGUUUAAUAGGCAUUCACCGCGUCCACGCACAGCACGAGCUCUGGGUCGCCCAGCAGGCAGAAGUCGAAGGUUUCGACAAAACAACUCCAGAUUCUUCAAUGCUCUCGGACCAGGAGCAGUCGGCCCCACAGCAGCAGUCGUCCUAUGAAUUGGUCCUGGCGGCGGCGAGGUCCAUUUUGUAUCUCGCAGCUAGCCAUCUCGACGGCAAUGAGAUGGAGCACAAGCUCCUAUGGCUGCCGACUUAUUUUCCAAUGAUGGCAUUUCUGACUUUAUUUAUGCAUAUUCUCCAGCGCCCGCUGAGUGAAAGGUCCGAUUCCGACCUCGCAAUCAUGGCCAGUUGCUAUGGUUGCCUGAGAAGUAUAAUGUCCAAGGAAGAGGCAUUGCUUUGCCAGUUCGCCGAGACAAUUCUCGGUGAGACUCUGAGUUCAGCGGAGCAAUACGUACAAGAGGCGCGUGCUCGGGAUCUAGAAUUCGCCGGAAGAAGCGCAUUCCAGCCGCCUGCCCCUGCACAGUUCGAAACAUCAGCGACGACGCCUGCAGAUGGAGUUAUGGGUCGAAACCUAGGUGGAUCAGAAAGUUACCCAACCGGCUUUGCGGUUACCGAGCCAGCAUUCAACCCGCUGCAGAAUAUGGAUACCUCCAAUCCUGGCGGCUCGAACAUGAUGAACCCGAUGGCUAACCCAGGGGACAACUAUAUGAAUGCUUUCGCAGGUCAAGAUGAUCUCCUAGCCUCUGUGGGCUGA